AUGGACCCCUCAGUUCAGCGAUUGCUGACAGACAAGCUCUACGACAAGCGGAAGCAAGGUGCUCUCGAGCUCGAGCGUUCCAUCAGAGAAUCCCUUGCGGCCAAAGAUAACGAUAAGAUUGGGAAAACCAUCGAUCAAUUAUGCCAUGACUACGCCUAUGCAGUCCAUCUUCCCCAUGCCCGCAACGGGGGACUGAUCGGACUGGCCGCCGCUGCGAUUGCUCUUGGUUCGGACGAGGUUGCCCGCUAUCUCCAAGAUAUCGUCCCGCCAGUCCUUGCCUGUUUUACAGAUCAGGACGCCCGCGUGCGGUACUAUGCGUGCGAGGCGAUGUACAAUAUUGCCAAAGUAGCAAAGGGCGAGAUUCUGGUCUUCUUUAACGACAUCUUUGACGCAUUAUGCAAGCUUGCUGCCGACUCCGAACUGUCCGUCAAAAAUGGCGCCGAGCUCCUUGAUCGUCUCAUCAAAGACAUUGUUGCCGAAUCAGCGGCUUCAUAUGUUUCUGUCUUGAACUUCAUCGAUGAAAAUGGCGAACAGGCCGGCUCUGACAGGGAAAGUGUCGACUAUCCUACGACAUUCUCCCUUGAAAAGUUCAUCCCUUUGUUGGAAGAACGUAUCCAUGUCCUCAACCCUUUCGCUCGCACUUUCCUGGUUUCUUGGCUCACUCUCCUCGAUACGAUUCCCGAUCUAGAAUUGGUACACUACCUACCAUCAUUCCUCGAGGGGCUAUUCAAAUUUCUUGGCGAUCCUAAUCGUGACGUCUACGUGGCAACCCAAGGCCUCCUGGAACGCUUUCUCAGCGAGAUCAAGAAGAUCGCAAAGAUCAAGAGAGGCAUCGCUGAAAGCCGCAGGAGUCGAACCAGCCGUCUCAAGCCCGCUUCCGAAAGCCAGGCGGACAGCACUGCCCGUGGCAGUGGCAGUGGCCGUGGCAGUGUUCUAACUGACAAUGCCAUCGAAGAUUCAGAGUCCAGUACUGCCCAGGACGAAUCGAUGGAGCUGGAAGAGAACGGCGGCGAUUGGAUACCGGGCCAGGACGUGCAAGUGGAUUACGCAAAAAUCCUCGACAUUCUGCUGAAGUUCGUCGAUGUCUCGUCCAGAUUGUCGAAGCAAAAGGAAGAGGAGAUUGGUAUCGUGGCGCUUCGAUGGAUCGACAGUUUCUUCGAGAUCAGCCCCGAGGACAUUCUCCAAUUCGUCCCGCGGCUUCUGUCUUGCGUGCUGCCUGCGCUUUCAGCCCAAUCCGAACAAGUUCGGACUACAGCCAGUAAGGUCAACAGAUCACUCAUGGAUUAUAUUGUCACCUUUCAAGAUGAAGUUUCCACUGAGGAAGCUGGUGGACGAGCCCCCAGCAGCCUUUCGCUGGCGUCUGUUCGCGAUGCUGACCCCGGAGAGAAGAGGCUGUCGGAAAUUACAGCGAAAAGUAUAUCCACUCAGCCUUCAGGUCAAGAUGAAACUCCUCCCGAUACCUCUGCUGAACGGGAGUCAUCAUCUAUUGACGCUCCCGGUCAAUCUCCCGCUAAUCCUUCCGAGAAGCCGGUGGCCGACCUACACUACGCUGCUGCAGUCAAUGCUCUGACUUUGCAGUUCCUGAACGAGCACGAGGAGACGAGGGUGGCAGCAUUGAGCUGGUUGAUCAUGCUUCACAGGAAAGCGCCCAAGAAAGUCCUCGCAUUCAACGACGGGACAUUUCCUGCUCUGUUGAAGACUCUUUCCGACCCGGCCGAGGCUGUUGUGACACGAGAUCUGCAGCUUCUGUCACAAAUCUCCAAGAACAGCGAAGACGGAUACUUUACCUCUUUCAUGGUGGCUUUAUUGCAACUCUUCUCCACCGACCGAAAGCUCCUCGAAAUCAGAGGCAAUUUGAUUAUUCGUCAAUUGUGCCUUAACCUUCAGCCAGAGCGGAUUUACCGAACGCUGGCCGAUUGUAUUGAGAAAGACGAGGAUAUUGAAUUCGCCAGCAUCAUGGUCCAGAAUCUGAACAACAACCUCAUCACGGCACCGGAGCUGGCUGAGUUGAGAAAGAGACUCAGAAACCCUGACAGCAAGGACGGCCAAGUGUUCUUCGUUGCAUUGUUCCGUGCGUGGUGCCACAACGCCGUCGCUACAUUCUCCUUGUGCCUUCUCGCGCAAGCCUACGAACAGGCAUACAAUCUUCUACAGAUAUUUGCGGAUUUGGAGAUGACGGUGAACAUGCUCAUCCAAAUCGACAAAUUGGUGCAAUUACUUGAGAGUCCCGUUUUUACGUAUCUGCGGCUCCAACUACUCGAACCUGACCGCUACCCAUACCUCUACAAAUGCUUGUAUGGCCUCUUGAUGCUUCUUCCUCAAUCGUCCGCCUUUGGCGCCUUGAAGAAUCGGCUCAACAGCGUCUCGGCAAUAGGAUUGCUCCACACUCCAGCCUCUAUGCCUACAUCGACUCGAUCGUCUGCCGUGUCGGGAAUGGCUUCAUCGUCCUUGCCAUCAACUUCCACAUCUUCGGUAAGCGGCCGCCUCAACCGUAGCCGCGACACAGGCUCAAUGGCGAACGAGAUCAAAUGGCCCGAACUGCUCGACAAGUUCAAACAGACACAGGAAAAGGCACGGCGGCGCAACGAACGUCUUCUGCGGGGCGCUGAUUUUGAAAACAGCUUCGGCAGCGGCGUGGGAGCCAAACAUCUACUUGACGAAGGCGCCGAUGGUCGGUCUAGUCGUGCCAGUCUCCGCGACGACGUCGACGGGAAAGGGUUUGGAUCGCGGGGUGGGAGCGGCCCGGGCAGGCCGUUGAGCAUGGUCCCCUCUUCCGGUGGCUCCGGUCCAGGCAAGGCUGGAACCGGUGGAUUAGCUGUUCCCGGCGCAGGAGACAGGACUGGCUCGCAUAAGCGCGGACACAGCCUGGCUGGCGGGUUUGGCAAGUUUGCAAGUGGCAUUGCCCGGGCGGGCAGCAACCGAGAUCGAGACCGGUCGAAGAAAUGA